CCCAUGUCGAGUACGCGACGGAGCUCUCGCGGCGGCGACGACUCUGUUCGUUCCCUCUUUUCGUCGUCGGCCUUGCCACUGAACUAUGCGCCUCAACGCCAGCCUCAGUCAGCAAUCGGACGCUGGACAAAAGACACACGCGCGUCGACACCAAACCGAACCGAAACGAACGCACAUGGCGCCGACGACGGCGCCCCCGGCAGCCACCGCCCCCAAGAGGCCGUCCAACGCCACCUCCACCAGCUCCAAGGGCAAAAUGGUUCGCCAGGGUCAGGAGCGACCCUGCGCAGAGGCCACGAUGCUCAUCCGAAAACUAGCUCAGCUGGGACGCGAAAGGAACGCGUGCGAAUUGCGCCUCUUCGCCCUCCUCUCGCUCAAGACUUGUUGUAGGCAUGGCACGCUAGCCGUCGCUCUGGAUCUAGAAAGGGAGACACUGGGACAGCGGCUCCGCAUGAAGAGCUCGCUGUGCGACGACCUCGAGAACCAGCUUGUGCAGGUUCUCGAGAAAAACACAGAGCUGGCUAUACAAAACACGGACCUGCAGAAGCAAGUGCAGAAGUUGCAGUUUCAUGGCGAUCAGAAGACUGCUACAGCAAACCCUAUCAACUUCAACACUUCCAGCAUGUCCGAGUCGGAGAGACUCGAUUCUAUACUUAAGCAAAUGCGCGAGGCCGCCGAAAGACGGAAGGAGCUAGAACGGGAACACGCCGAUGCGCUUGCACAACUCCGCGAUAAACAGGCUGAGGUACAAAGACAACAAAUGCCUGUGAGACAUGUGACGGCCGAGCCGACGGCCGACUCCUCCAAAAAGGGAUACGAGACUGUGGAGGCACUUCAGUCAAAGAUCCGCGAGCUGGAGAAAAAGGCGGAACUGCAGAACGUGCGGCACGAGGAGCUGCUGCUAGAGAUGGCCGCGAUCAAGCGCACAAACCAACAGGCGCAGGGCGGCGUCGGGGCGCCGCCGUCGGCGCCGCUGACGCCGACCUCGCCGUGGAAGACGAAACUGGGUCAGGUGACGUGCGAGUUGUCGCCGUCCGAGUCGGCGUCCAGCGUUGGUGAGUUCAAGCGGGCGGAACUGGCGGCCCUGUUCCAGCACAAUGGCGGCAGCACUCCCAGUAGCACCACCACCCACCAUCCCACCACUACCCUCAACAGCACGGCGCUGCAAGCAGCAGCUCUGUACCAAGCGGCUGAGGCUUCAAGACUGCAUGACGAGUCGCAUUGCUUUGCCUACCACUCAGCAUGCCUCAGGCCACUUAGCAGUAAGCAUCAUCAAUCCCCAUUUGCAGCCCCCGCGGUCGCUCCCGCCGCCUCCGCCGCGCCCACCCGGCCCCCGCAGCAGCACGACACCGAAAUUGACCGCAUUAUGGCUAAAAUAGAGCAGGAUAACCGUAUAUUGGCCGAGCUAGAUAAGUCUAGGUCCACGGUCCAGCACCAACAACAACAGCAGCAGCAGCAGCAGCAACAGCAGCAGCAAACCUCAGCCGGCGAUUUGGCGUACGUGAUGCUGGAGCCACCCCCGCGGAGGCACGCUCUGCUGCCUCCGACGCCGUCCAGAAGGAGGCGGCACCACUCGAGGGUGCCGAGGGUCACCUUCGCGAACGGAGCUGAGUCUGCGGCGUGCAGGGCGGCUCCCUACCCCCCUGGCGUGAAUCCCUCGGCCGUCGAGUACCAGCCGGCGCUCAGCGCCCAAAUGAUGAUCCUCAACCCGCAGACGGGCACCCUGGUGCCCCAGGGGCCUCUGACUGCCGCACAAAGCCACAUGCUGUCAAACCCUGCCGCCGGCCUCCUUUCCCAGGCCGGACCCGCCGGCCUAAUGGGCCAGCAGUCGACGGCCGGCCUCCUGCCCAACACGGCGUCCGCCGGCCCCUUCCACCAGCAGCAGGGGCUCCUCGGCACGCAGCUGGGCGGGCCCGCGUCGGCGCCCCUCUCCAUUUCGAGAAUCAUGCCCAAAGUGCCGGCCAUGGCCACCCUGCCGCCAAUCUUCAGCACGCCGCAGUUCGCGAUUCACGACGGCACAGGUUUGAUGAAUGGUGGCAUUUUGGGCCCAGCUGGGAUGCUGACUGACCAAAUGAUCACUGACAACAAACUCCUGGACAUGCUGGACAUUCCAGGAAAAGGCAGAUGUUACGUCUUCAUGGCAAAAUAUACGUACGACCCGUUCACCCAAUCGCCGAACGACCACCCUGAGGCUGAAUUGGCGGUGAACGCUGGCGACUACCUGCUCGUCUGGGGCAACAUGGACGAGGACGGCUUCUUCGAUGGCGAGACGCUGGACGGCCGACGCGGCCUCGUGCCUUCAAAUUUUGUGCAUAAGCUGAUCGGUGACGAGCUGCUUGAGUUCCACCAAAUGGCCGUCUUGGGGAUUGCAGGGGGCCCUGAGGAGCCCCACUCGACCUCCAUCCCCCACGGCAUUGAAAGUGCAGAAUUCGACGCUGUUGAAGAUAUGCAACUGUACAGGCAAGCGAGUCCGGCGGGCAGCCUACGCGCCAAAUUCCCCAACAAAAUGCAAAAUGCGUUCGACAGGGCGAAGCGCGUGCUGUCAGGCUCACACGGCGACCUGCCGCUCAUCACUUUGCAGGCGCCGUCACCUGAGCACGUUCCCUCGCCGGCACCACCCGACCCUUCAGAUGGAACGUACGUGAAACGCCUUGGCCCCGAGUACAGUUACCUGGAGCUACAGGACAUCAUGGAGGACGAAGAAGAAAUGCCUCUGGGCGAGGGUCCAGACGCGCUUUUCUUCUCGGUGCUAGUGCCUCCCCCGAAACAACUCACCCUCGAGAGGCAGCUCAACAAGUCCAUCCUGAUCGGCUGGAACGCGCCCGACUGUCCGCCGGGCACCAUCGACUGCUACCACGUUUACGUCAACGGCGUGCUCAAGACCACCGUCAAGGCUUCCGAGAGGACCAGGGCCCUCGUAGAGGGCGUCGACUCAAACAGGCCGCACAGAAUCAGCGUGCGGUCAGUGACCCCAAACCGGCGGACGUCGCGGGACGCUGCCUGCACAAUGGUGGUGGGCAAGGACGUGCCCCUCGGCCCGACCACGGUUAGGGCGUCCAACGUGACUAGCAGUUCGGCGGUCAUCUCGUGGCUCCCCAGCAACUCAAACUGCCAGCACUCGGUCUGCGUCAACAACGUAGAGGUGCGCACCCUCAAGCCCGGAGUCUACAGGCACACAAUCACAGGACUGGCCCCCAACACAACCUAUAGAGUGACGGUACGGGCGAAAGCGAUCAGGGCGCCCUACUUUGAUGAAAAAUCGAGCAACUUGCGGGACGACCGGCUGGCGUGCCACAUCGACUUCCGGACGCUUCCAAAAGCCCAGCCCAUAGCGCUAACCAAAUACUCUGUGUUGCAUGCGGCGACUAAAGGCACCAAAGGUCUUCCUGACCCACCUGUUGACGUGCAAGUGGAAAACGGACCGCAGGACGGCACCAUGCUGGUCACCUGGAUGCCCGUGGCCGGUUCAGGGGCGCCAGUGACUGGAUACGCUGUUUACGCCGAUGGCAAAAAGGUCACUGAUAUCGACAGUCCAACAGGUGAUCAUGCGUUGAUAGACAUAGUGAAGCUGGUGGGACUGAACCCCAAGCAAGUGACCGUGCGCACCAAAUCAAGAGACGCUCAGUCAAGUGAUAGUUGUCCGACCUCCAUUCCGCCGCACGUACUGAGAGGCCAGGCAAGAGGAAACCAAAAAGUGAGCUUCUCUGAAUUGAAUUCGAGUAGAAAGUUGACACCUGCAAAUCAGGACAUGGGCAUGAGAGCACAACCUGAAAAAUACGGUCGUUACAAUCCGCACUCCGCCAUGCCCGCCCACAUGGUGAGAAACCGAGGGGGCCGGCAGCAGGUCAUCAUGGACACUGAGGAGAACCUGAGUGACAAAGAAGUGUACCCGCCCACCCACAUGAAUAUCCCCAGUAUAGAAAUCACCAAGGACACAAACAGUGAAAACUUCAGCGAGGACGACUUCGACCGGCGACGCAACUACGCUCCCCGCUCGCACAUGGAGCGCGGCCGGCCGCCCCCGCCGCCCCACAUGGGAGGCAGCAACUCGCGCCACCCGGACGACUUCUACGGAGGCGAGGGUCGGGGCCGCGACCCCCGGCUCUACCGCGGCGUCCCCGGCCACGAUUACCGCGGCCGGGGGGCAGGUCCGCCGCUGCAGGGCGCCCGCCGGGUGCGCUGGUUCGUCGCCCUGUUCGAUUACGACCCUACCACCAUGUCGCCCAACCCCGACGCCUGCGAGGAGGAGUUGCCCUUCAAUGAGGGCGACGUCAUCAAAAUCUACGGGGAGAAGGAUGCGGACGGCUUCUAUUGGGGCGAGUGCCGCGGCCGCAGGGGCUACGUCCCCUACAACAUGGUCAUGGAGACCAAUGACUAUAAGGGCGAAGGUGGUGGUGGCCCAGUGAGUCACAGAGGUAGGGCGGACAGAUGGGGUGAUAUUUACGCAAACAUGCCAGUGAAAAAGAUGGUCGCCCUUUACGACUACGACCCCCAAGAGCUGUCGCCAAACGUUGAUGCCGAGGUGGAACUGUCGUUCAAGACAGGCGACGUCAUCUACGUGUACGGAGAUAUGGACGACGACGGCUUCUUCAUGGGCGAGUUGGACGGCGUGCGUGGCCUCGUGCCGUCCAACUUCCUCGCCGAGUCCACCGACCUGGACCACAGGCAGGGUAGGGGUCCCGGGCCGGGCGCCCGGGGCCCCCCGCCGCCGCCCAGAGGGCCGACCGACCGACGGAGAGCCGAGGGGCCACGUAGAGGACAGGACCCUCGAAUGAGAGGCGGCGUGUCGCCUCGGAGAGGUGGUAAUCUGCGCGACAUGGAGCCGGCGAUGCCCUCUGCGACGACGCCUCCGCAGUCGACGCCGACGACGGCGGCCCCUCCGCCGGUGGCGCCGAAGAAGGGCCUGCCGGCCGUCGUGCCCGAAUUCGUGAUCCCGACCAAAGAGUCGCCGACGGCGGCGACGGCGGCGCCCAAGUUCCCAGAGGCGCCCAACUUCAUGCAGAAGUUCACCGAAAUCACCGGCGGCGCCGCCGCCGAGGGGGAGAACCUCAUCUCCAAAGGGAAGGAACUCAUCUUCAAGAAGUUUGGCCUGGGCAACUGAGACGACGACGCAUAUCAUCACCACACACGGCGCAUUUAGAUCGAUUCCUGCCAAUGGCUCCCUCUGGUUGCGUGUUUUUGUGUGUGUGUCCGACCCCGUCUGAUGCAGGUCGGCGAUUGAAUGAUUUACUGCUUGUUUGUUGAGAAUGCGCGCGCACAAAAAGACUUGUAGAUCGAGUUGUUGUUGUUCUUGUUGAGUGAUGAGGCCAAACUAACUGACUAACACGCUGUCUUUCCUACUCUUGUGUCUGCGUGCCGACGCCGCCACCUCCAGGCAUCUUCACAAAUUUCCUGUUCCGUUGAUUUUCGUGCAACAAUUUGUGUUGUAAUUCAGAGUUCUAAAUCAAGGCAAUCACGAAAACAUUUUGGUCACAAAUUGAUUAACAAAAUAAUUUUUCAAGCUUUUCUUCCAAGGCGAGUGCAUGCAAUCAAAUGGCAACGUGAUACCAAAAUGUAUCCUGGCCCUGUCUAUUAGACUGAAUUUUUAAUUUUUGGUUUCCAUCUACGAUGUUGAGAGAAAAAUAAGAAAAAAGUGCAAGUCUAAUGCAAAAUGAAAUGAUUGCCGGAAUUUGAAACUCGCGAUUACAUCAAGUUUUUAUGAAGAGAGUGGAGAUCGUUUUCAAGCAUUCAAAGUUGUGAAAAGUGAGACUUCUUGCGUUCUAAAAUAUCAUUCAAAGCUUCAAAGUAAUCACUCUCCGAAAGUAAAAACUACUGACACCAACUCUAAAAAACUAGCGAUCUCCGCUCUCCUGUCUCUACUAGAAAAAAUUACUUCAAUUUCCACGAUCAGUCGCUGCGAUAAUGAUGGUGGUAGAGUUAAAAGUUUCAAGAGCUCCCUUUAUUUGAACAAUUCGACUUUGAGCACAACGAGAGUGAGAUAUUGUGUGCUUUUCCAACUUGAUAAAUGAUCACUGCCUUUUCUUUUACCUCUAACGACUGACGGUUAGUCCGAAAAACUAUAGUAGUGUUUGAUACAAAUUUGAACGGUUGAUUUGAAAAGAAUAUGAAAAACGUACCUGGCGCUGCAGAACAUCUUGUAAAUUUAAAUAUUGCUUUUUAUACGUUGGAGCGUGACUUUGCUCCGCAAUAACUUAAGCCAAGAGAAGCAUCUUGAUAGUAGUUAAAACAAUCAGAGAGACAAAAAAUUCAUCAAACCUUGAUUUCCCGAACAGAAAAUCCGUUUGCCACGUGUAAAAAAUUAACAUUUUUCUUGGAGUCCAGCUUUAUCAUUGAGACUAAGAAGAAGCCGAUCCUCGCCCCGAUUUUGACCUCCCAGAUGCCAACGUUUGGGUUUUAAAGUCCCAAGUGUUGGAGAUUGUACUAUAAAAUUGUGUUCUUCCAAUUACUUCUAAACAAAAAAUCUUAAAAUUAAGCAUUAAGCGACAAGAGGUUUGAAUGAAAGUGUGGAAAUGCAAGGACCACAAACUUGUACGCGAGAUUUCACCCAAAGCGCCUGGAAGUGGUGGCCGGAGGCCUCUUUGCAUACAUAGAUGUAAUUGUUUGCACUGCAAAUGAUGCAGAAUUGUUGAGACGACAAAACUUACAAAUCAUUGAAUUAACUAUAUCACGUACACACGGCCUGUCUACAAUAGAGAAGUGUUUCUCUCGCGUGUGCAUCAGGUCAUAUUCAUAUUAUUAUCGAAGAAAAAGAAAAAAGGAAACCGCGCGUGCUGCAUCGAUAGCCAACAAAACUGUGUAACGGCGUAUUAUUGGACAAAA